UUUAUUAUUUUAGUCUCGUGUUCAUAUUGCUAACACGUGUAUCGUAGAUUUGAAAUAUUUGAUUAGAAAUAUUUUUACAGAAUUUUAUAAUUUACAUCUAUUUUGAUAUUAAAAAUUACGAAUUAAAAACAUUUAUAUACAUUCAUAUACAUUUAAAAAAAACAAUGACUUCAAAAGUAAAAGAAAGUGGGAGAAAAAGUCUUUCUUCUUGGAUGACAUGUGAAAUAUGUCAGAGUAUUUUAUCACAAAAAGAUUUAACAAUACAUCACACUAAUUGUCCACCUAAUUUUGAAACCUGGAAUCAUGAUUUCAUUUAUAAUAAUGUAUUAUAUAGUACUGUAGAAACAUAUAAUUCAUUAGAACAGCCAAAAAAUAUACAUGUAAGGGCGCUUGAUGACAUGGUAUUUAUAUCACAAUCUGCUUUGCAAUUAUGUGAAAUUGCAAUAGGAGAUUCUGUCCUUGUAACUGUUGGAGAAAACAAAGUUGUUAAAACUGCAUGGCCAACUAAAGAUAAAAGUUUAACCAGUGUUUCAAUAACAAAACACGCAAUAGAAUUAAAUAAUCUUCGAGGUUUAGUCAAGAUCCAAAAAUUAGAUUGUCUUAUUAAUGGUGCUAAGGAAUUUAUAAUUUGUAAUGUUGGAAAACACACAUUGCCAGAAGUAAAUAUAGAACUUAACAUAAUACUUAAAAAUUAUAAUGAACAAAAAAUAUUUGCUGUAGGUAAUAAAUUCAGUAUACCUUUUUAUGGCAAAAAAUUAAUUUAUAAGAUUAUCAAAAUUAUAUCAGAUAAUUGUGGAGAAAAUAUUAAUUUGCCUCAACAGUUUAAACAAUUGAAUUUUGCUGAUCAAAUACAUGAUAUCAAAUUUUAUAAAGCAUUUUAUAAUACAAAAUGGACAAUUUUAAAUGAAGAACAAAAUAAGAAACAGGAAGAAUACAAGAAAAUUAUAUAUAAAAUACAAGACAUUGGAGGAUAUGACAAAGUAAUAGAAGAUAUCAAAGAUGUUCUUGAUAUUGGUCUUGGUAAAUCUCGAAAUCUUGGUGAUUUUUACAUUAGUAAAGGAAUAUUAUUAUAUGGUACUGCUGGUGUCGGUAAAUCAAUUAUUUCUAAUGCUUUAAUAUCAGAAUAUGACAUCAAUUCCGUUACUAUUUAUAGUUCAGAUAUAUAUAGUAAAUCUCUAGGAGAGACAGAAAAAAAAUUGCAAGAUAUUUUCAUGGAAGCCAAAGCUAAAGCUCCAAGUAUUAUUUUGAUAGAGGAAAUUGAUAGUUUAUGUCCUAAACGAAGCACUUCAAGUACAGAUCAUGAAAGAAGAGUACUUUCACAAUUGAUUACACUUUUUGAUGAUAUACAAAAUACAAAUAAUAAUGUAGUUAUACUUGCUACAACUUCAAAAUUAGAUUUCGUAGAUAGUUCUCUUAGAAGACCUGGUAGAAUAGACAAAGAAUUCGAAAUUUAUGUACCUACUCCCAGUAUGCGUGCGGAUAUAUUUAAAAAAAUGUUAUCAAAAAUACCAAAUACUUUAUCUUUAGAAGAUAUACAAAAUAUUGCAUUUGUCACUCAUGGUUUUGUUGGCGCCGACUUAUAUGGUUUAUGUUCUCAAGCAAUUUUAAAUGUUGUAAAGCGUCAACCAAAAACAAAUGUUGCUACUGAUUUUUCGACUGAUUUUUCGAAAGUAACUAUAUCAGAUUUUAAUCGUGCAUUGACUGUUAUAAAACCAUCAGCUAUGAAAGAAGUUUUAAUAGAAGUACCAAAUGUUCGAUGGUCAGAUAUAGGAGGACAAAAAGAUUUAAAAUUAAAAUUAAAACAAGCUAUUGAAUGGCCAUUAUGUCAUCCUGAAGUAUUUUUCAGAAUGGGUAUAACUCCACCUAAAGGUGUUUUGAUGUUUGGACCACCAGGUUGUUCUAAAACAAUGGUCGCAAAAGCUCUUGCAACAGAAAGCAAAGUAAAUUUUUUAAAUAUAAAGGGACCAGAAUUAUUUUCAAAAUGGGUUGGUGAAUCUGAAAAAGCUGUAAGAGAAGUAUUUCGAAAAGCAAGACAAGUUUCACCUUCCAUAAUAUUUAUUGAUGAAAUUGAUGCAUUAGGAGGAGAACGAAGUUCUUCCGUAACUACGGGAAGUAAUGUACAAGAACGUGUUUUAGCACAAUUAUUAACAGAACUCGAUGGGGUCACUGCAUUGGGCAGUGUUACUUUAGUAGCAGCAACUAAUCGACCUGAUAAAAUUGAUAAAGCACUUCUUCGACCAGGUCGUUUAGAUAGGAUAAUAUAUGUGCCAUUACCUGAUUAUGAAACAAGACAAGAAAUUUUUGAUAUAAAAUUAAGAAACAUGCCAAUCGCGGAAGAUGUACACAUUCAAGAUCUAGUAGAUCAUACAGAAGGAUAUUCUGGAGCAGAAAUCCAAGCAAUUUGUCAUGAAGCAGCUAUCAAAGCACUUGAGGAAGAUUUAAAUGCUACUAUAAUUACUAAGGAACAUUUUAAAGCAGCAUUAACCAUAAUUACUCCUAGAACUCCACCAUCUUUAAUAAAUUUAUAUAAUGAUUAUAUAAAUAAAAUAUAUUGACAUUACAAACAAUUUGUUUCAAUAUAAUUGAAUUUGUCUAUUUUAGUAAGAUUAUUAAUUAUCUAUCUAUAUUCUUCUAUUAUUUUAAUAUCAAACUUCAGGUUUUCGGAAAUUAACAAAAUUUAUAAGUUGUAUAAUUAUAUUAUCAAAUGUCAGUAAUCGUAAAAUGUAUACGACCUUAUGGUAAAAAAGAGUUAAAACAGAUAAUUGAGAGGUAUGGUAGUCUUAUGACUUGAUAAAUACAAUGCAUGAUUACUUUGAAUAUUAUUAAGUUUAUAUAUAUGUAGUUGCGGUUGCUGCCCACCAAUGGAUCCACAAUGUCCACCAUUAUGCUCUACAUCGUGUCCACCUCAACCAAUUUGUACCUAUACAUGCCCUCCAAUCAAAUUGGAACCAAAUAAUUGUUGCCCAUCUAUGCCAAUCACCAGUAUGCCAUGUCCUUCUGAACCGCCACUUUUACCUUGCGCCCCACGCUCUUUCGUUUGUCCGCCCUGCACAGGUCGUCCAUGUAUUACUUGUGCACCUUUACCUAAACCAGUUCCUGCACCUUUUGAAGUCGGACCUGUUUAUAGAGCACCAGUUACCACUGGUGGAUUAUUCUAUAUGGGAACAAUUAGAUGUUAUCCUUGCUUAUCAUAUGCUUGUUGAAUUAUACCAACUUCUAUCAUAUGUCUGUUAUAUAAUAAAUUCAUAAAGAAAAUAUAUUUAUCACUUAGGUUUAACUUAUUGUUUAAUUUGAAUUUUUUAUUAAUUAUAAAUAUCUGUACACAUUUUAUAUUUAAAUAUAAAACAAAUGUCAUUACAA